AUUUACUUUCAGCGAGCAUCGCGCGUUUUUCGGUGUUGCUUUCACGCUCAACCUCGUCGACGGAAGUGUUGGACGGAAAGUGCAGAGAGAAACGCGUCCCGUUCUGACGUAGCCAAGCAGUGCUAAAAUGUUGUUUGUCGUGUAACUUGUCUCUUUUAAGCAAAAAGUUUGUGUAUUCGUUCAACAGUGAAUUGUUUUGUGUAUUUGUACCGCGCGACGAGUGUCUUAUAAGAUAAACGAUUUAGCAAGUAGUGUUUUUAUUUAAUGUUUUAUAAGUUAUAUCUCCAAAAAACCGUCCUGCUAGAAAGAAGCAGUUGCGUCAACACCGGGAGCGAAAAAUAGAAAGUGAGCAAGCAUACAGUUGCAAGCAGCAAAUUCACGUUGCAGCAAGGUGGGAUCGGUACGCGUUGGAUAAAUCUAGAGGAUAUCUCUCUGCAGCGGCACAAUUUAAAGCUCAUCCAAGCCGCUGAAAGGCAAAAGUCAUCAUCGAGCGAGAAACGGCAUUUGCAACACAAACACACGUCGCAAAGCGUCGUGGAAUAAGCGAACGUGGGUUGAGUACAGCCAAAGCAGACCUGCAACAAAAAGCCUCACGAUCACAUCACAUCCCAGCAACAGAGGGUGAACCCAAGCUCACCUUUGAAAUUCCUGCUCAUCGCGUGUUCAUCGCCGUCCCACCUGAACAGAACCCUCCUGCCCACACAACCUGUCUCGCCUGGAAUUCGUCUGCAAAGUACCUUCGACGCACAUAUCUUCAGUCUCUUCAUUCAAGAUUACUAACUCGGGAUGAUGGCUCCUUCUCCUUCAAAAAGUUCGAAAACACAACAUCCAUCUUUCUUAAUAACAGCAGACUCGGUAGAUACAAGUCCAGUUCCUUCGAGCCCGCCAAGUACAGAUGCGCCAAAAUCACAAUGUUCCUCACUAUCUGAUGGUGAAUCGUUUGAAUGCUACGGUGAUAACGACAUCUCUAUCUCAGAAGCUGGUGGUGUCGAUCUGGAAUUGGCGCCACAUUUGAACUCAACAACGGUUGCUGAAAGCAAUGGUAAUUCGAACAAUCCAACUAAUUCCGGAAUUACCAGACAUUCGUGGAGCCGGACCAGCCUGCGUGGUGCACCUAAAAGUCACAACGACAAUCUACCUAACAGGCGCUGGGGAUCAAUGAGACACAGUUCUGGCAAACGACAGCUGGGAUCCAAUGCCUUAGCAAAUCAUCUUUAUAGAUCGUCGAGCUUUAACUCGUCCGGUAGGAGUUCUAACUGUGAUACGGCCGAAGACAUGUACAGCGAUGUCAGUUUGGAGGACGUACAAGACAUAAACCAUAAGCUGGAAAUACUACAACGGCAAGUCACCAAUCUGGCAGAUACCCAGAGCAAUGUCGACGACCGUACGAGUAGAACCAAAACAGAAUAUGCCGUUCUUCAGGCUCGUUAUCACAUGCUGGAAGAACAGUUGAGAGAGACUGAGUUACGAGCGGAAGAACGAUUGGCCGAAGAACAAAAGCGUCACCGGGAGCUAUUGGCCCGUGUCGAACGGGAGGCAAAGCUGCAGAAUGAAAACUGCCAGAUCCGGAUACGUACAAUGGAGAUGGAAGUAACCGGGUUGCGCGAGGAGAUACAGCGAUUGCGUUUGCAAAGUGACAAACAGGCGGCCGAUUUGCAUGCGACCGAAGAGAAGCUGGAGAAAGCCCGCGACUCGCUGAUGAUCUCUCAGCAAGAUCUCGUUGAGGCGAGAGCAGAAGAAAAGAAACAUCGAGCAGAUAAGCAGGCGGCCGAGGAACUGAUGGUAGAGUUGGGCAAAGAGUGUGAACGGCUUCGUUCUGAGCGUGGGCCCGCGCUGCCCACGACUUCGCCAGAGUCUCUUCGACUUGAGGAACUACAUCAGGAAAUGGACGAAUUGCGUCAGAAAAAUAAGUCACUGGAAGAAGCGAACGAAGAACUUCAGGCUAUGAUGCUGACGCGCAGUGUCGAAGAAGGGCGCAAUCUUCUGAACGGCACAUCGAACAGUUUGGCCCAAGAGCUAGAAGCCAUGAGCCAGAACCAGGAUACCGUUGAUUCGACCACUUUAGCGUCAUUAACACAGCUGCAGGUGGCAUUUCAGGAAAAGGAAGAUGAAAACCGACGACUGAAGCAUUACAUCGACACGAUGUUGUUAAACGUGGUGGAAAACUAUCCGCAGUUGCUAGAAGUGAAAGCCGCUUGAACUGGAUUUAGGAUGGUUCUGUUAUGCAGUUGGUUCCCUUAUUGUAAAGUACAUUCACUUUUUACAAUCAACCUAACGCAUUACGUUACACAGGUACACACAGUGCAGAACAUGAGCGUAUGUUAAAAGGCACAGAAGAGGUAGAAGUCAGGGUAGAGAAAACGUUCAAGUUAAAGUAACGUCUAGGGAGGAAAAAUUCAAGCAAUAUAAUGUUUUUAUACAACUGACUACAUUAAGAAAUUACACACAUACAUUAAAAAAAUACACACCUACACACACAAAUUGAUCGCCGUAGCUUGUUAGUCUAUAAUUUCUUAGGCAUCGCUAAACUAACGAAAGGAAGAAGUAAAUAAUUCUUUAGUUCGAAUGUAAAGAAACAAUCGCAGUUUAUUUAUCACAGAAAAUGUUGUUUCACGAUAAUACUACUGGUACACAUUGGUAUUGUUCGGCAAGAAGUACGUCCCUCCAUUAAAGUUGCUCCAUUGGUAUGUGAGUAACGGGUAUGUGAGUAUUCUCCAAGUCCCUAGCUUAAAGUUGCGCAUCAUAAAUCGCCUUGCAUUAAUCAGAGCAGCUUUGUAUUAAGCACUUACCAGAAUCGUGAUAAUUCAUCGGUAGCCUUGAAAUGUGUACUAUGUGUCGGAUCCUUUUUAUGUGAGCGUUGUAAACUAUUGUUAUGCGUACAGCAGGGAAGUUCGUAAACGAGAAAACGAGUGGCCAAGAAGAACGGUUAAAACAAAACUUAAAAAGAAGAAAUCCUUAAAUCAUUUUUAAUUAUGCAAAGUAUUUCGGUUGUGUUUAUGUUAUCUUACAUGACUUCUCGUUUACAGUUACAGCAAAGAAGGAUUCAUGGUUAGAAAGGCACGAAAAAAGUGUGACAGUUUUUGAUAAAAUUCUUUUAAGUAGCAACCCAACAAUCGUGCGUUAAUGUACACAUAAUACAGACAGAUAACAACGUGCGUUAGGAAGCAUGUUCAGUUGAAACAUAUAUUAACAAAACAUAUUUGGAAGGUACUAUUUACAAAGAAUAACUAGUUGCGACUAUUUCGUGAGUAGCUUAUUGUUAUUGCGAUGCAAAAAGUGGCUCCGCGGUGUGAUUUGUGAACUAAAUUUGAUCAUUCGUGACGGUUGGAGCAUAGAAUGAUAGGAUGCAAAGCAAAAGAGAGGAAGGGAAAACUGGCGUAUCUACGGAGUAAUUUCUAAAGUUAAGAUAAAUGACUGGUAAGAAAGCUGAGAAAGCGUUUUCAAAACGAUGUGUGCAAGACGUUCGGGAGCGGUCUGCAAGCACUCUCUUUUAAAAGCAUGGAUGCCAAAAUAGCGUUCUACUAAAACAAAACCCAACUGUAUUAUUACACAGAAACAGAAAUAAAAACACUUACAACAU